UGGCACAGAAAGGAAGCAACUUUUUCUCUCACCUUGUUUUGCUCGCAUGGAUGAAAGUAAAUCAUGCUGUAUUUUGAACUUUAUCAUGUUGAUACUUGAUCUAAUCGAUCUGAUGCUUCAAGUCUGAGAGACUCAAGGUUCAUGUUAUGUAGCUGCAUGGCAUUUAAAUAAUUUUCAUUCAAGAACACGUCCUACGGCUAAUAUUGGCUAUAAAAAUAAAAGUUUGAGUCAGCGUUGAAUCAGCGUUUAAAGAUCCGACGAGAUCAUUGUUUGCCUCCUGCACAUGCAUCGGUUGCUCGUAGGCACAUACAACGCAUACACAUGCACGCAUACAUAUAAAUACGUGUACAUAUUUAUCUACAUAGAUGUACUUGUUCAUGAAUAUCAGUAGAAGGAGGCUAUCUGGUAAAGCUGGAGACAGGCGGUCGGCCAAUAUAGUUGUGCGAGCGACAGCGCGAUCCACGAUUGAAUGAUCGCGUGAUUUCGCUUUUUCGCGAACGAGUUACGAUCAAGUAACACGUCGAUCCGAGGAUUUCAUAAAUAUUAAAUGAAAUAAAUCAUUGAUCUAUCUGCUAUUAUGCUGCAGGGAAACGAGAAGAACAGUAACUUUGUCGAGUCGAAGACUGCAGCAAAAGAUCACGAGCUUUCAAUAGGAAGUGACUCGAAGAAUCAGAGAACUCUCAGCAAGCAGACGUCCGAUGUCAAGAAACAAGAAGAUCUAAAAACUUGCAAAGGUGUUGACAAUAUGCCGGAGCUUGAGAACUAUGACAAGUUGGAUGACGAGCAGAUCACCUUGGAUUUGAGUGAACCACCGCCGGAAGUCAUGGAGUACGCCAGAAUGGAAUUAGGAGAAACCGAGGAGGUCAAGUGUCAGACGUUGCAGGAAUUCCGUGACAUGAUAUUCGAGAGAGGCGAGUGUUUGCCACACAGGAUGGACGACGCUUUUCUCAUCAGAUUUCUUCGCGCGAGAAACUUUAAUAUAAAGAGUGCGCAUAAGCUGAUAGUGAAUUACUACAACUUCAAAGAGGAACAUCCGGAGAUCCAUCAGCAGCUGAACUCGACCGAGAUGAGGUACAUAGGUGAAGAUGAUGUGAUCACGGUGCCAUCGUAUAGGACUCAAUGCGGUAGGCGCUUAAUGAUUUACCGUUUUGGCAAUUGGAAUCCGCGUAAAUAUCCUGCCGAGAUGCUCUUCAAGGCUACAGUUGGAAUCCUUGAAAUCGGCAUGCUUGAACCUAGACAACAAAUCAUGGGUGGUAUAGCCAUUUUCGAUUUAAAGGAUAUCUCUAUGACACAUGCAUGGUCCGUGACGCCUCAGGUGGCAAGUAUGAUGUUGUCUGUGAUGGUAACUGCGUUCCCCAUUAGAAUUCACGCGCUGCACAUCCUUAAUCAGUCGUGGGUCUUCGACGCGAUCUUCGCGGUCUUCAAACCAUUGCUUGAUGCCAACAUGCGAAACAAGCUAUUCUUCCACGGUAACAAUUACGAGAGUCUGCACAAACACGUCUUGCCUCAGUACUUGCCAAAAGCAUACGGGGGCAUAAGGGAAGAGCUGCCCUAUUAUAAAUGGAUUCAAUCCAUAAUUAAAGAUCCGAAAAUCAUCGAAGAAAUGAAUAAAAUGGGAUACGUUAUUACGGACGAUAUUCGCGAUUCUUUCUCAUGAGUAAAGUUAAUCAAAUUCUGAGAGAAGAGAGUUUCAGAAAAAUUUUAAAACUUGUACGUAUUUUUUAUAUACAUGAUAUACUAUUCAGCAAUUAGUUUGCACGUUAUUAUCAAGUAACAUCAUUUAGUUUUUGUUAUUGUAUCUUUUGAUCUUUUAAUUAAGCAUAUACGAUUUGGAUAUGUUUUACACAGUUUGUUUUAUAUUAAUUUUAGAUCAAUCUUAAUCUUAGGACGCUAUUAAUAUUGAAUAAUACAGUACUGUUAUUAAUACGUAAAUUUUACAUAUAAAGAAAUAGGCCAUUCUUAAUUAAUAACACAAAAUUUUCAUACAUUUUACAUUUUUAUGACAAAAUAUUUAUAAUUUAGAAUUUAGAAACAUAUUUUGUAGCAUUGUUCAUCAUACUUAAGUUUCCUACAUAAUUAUUUUUAAUGGUCCAACAAAAUUAUAUUCAAGUCUGUAUCUAAUUAAAUUAAAAAAAAAAUGUUUCAGCAAAAUCGUUUUUUCUAUGUAACUGAAGGAAUUUUAUACCUUACAUUUAUCUUACUUAACUUGAAAGGAAAGAAAAAAUAAGCAAAUUUAAUCUUAAAUGAUAUAGAUUGUGUUAUAAGUCCUCAAUGUGGCCUCAACAUUUAUAUACUAAUAAAAUAUAUAACACAAAACUGCUUAAAAAUUGACAACACUUAUUACACUCUUUGUUACUGAUCACCUGAGAGUUCAAAGUGAUAUACAACGAAUUGAAUUUUUUAAAGCUUGUCCUUGCUUUCAUGGCAGAUUGGACUCCCUGCUGAUCACUGAAGGCAUAGCUUUAGCGGUCAAUGAUCUCGCUCACUUGCACGUAAAAUUUACGUACGAUAGCAUUCUAAGAUUAAAUAUGUUAAAACAUUUUAUGUUAUUUAUAUCCAUGGUAUAUUGUACUUGUGAUUAUGUAUUCAAAUUUAUAAGGCCUAAAUAAAAGUUUUGCUACGAU